AUGACGAAGUCAGGACAUCAAAAGAAGAGAAAUGAAGAGGUCAAAUACUGUGUGAGGCCAGCUAAGACUAAUAAGGUUAGGUUAAGGAUACAUCAUAGGGGACAACUAGUUGAACAACCUAUUAAGUGGUGUGUUACUGGGGUAAUGACUGAGUUGAAACAUAGUUGGGAUGUCGAUUAUAUGUCGUACAUGAAUAUACAGGAUAUCAUUAAGAAUGAGGGUUAUGUCAAUAUUAAGUGUAUUUGGUAUUGA